AUGGGUGGCUUCAACCAUUCACCUCAUGUAUCAGCUGGCACGCAAGCCAUUCCGGAAGGUGAUUUGCCCUCACUUCACCAGAGCAGUGACGACCUCUAUGGCAUUCCUACAUGGCGUACCUCUUCCAGACGUCUGCGCCUCUGCCACCUAGAUGAGUCAGAGGCUAAUAAAGACCUCUCCCCACAAUCCAAGAGAAGACAAACAGAAAAUAUUAUAAAAAUGCUUACAGAACGUAGACUGUUGUUCUCCCCACCUGAAACAGAAUCACUUGCGACAUACUUAUUACAUAUACAUGCACUUUUCCCCAUGGCUGAAAUGUUUAUCUUUACAUUAUUUUCUGAUCCUGAAAAAGACCCUCCACAGCUGAACUAUACUGAGAUGCUCCUGUAUUUUGCCUCCAACCCUGAUGCUAUUGAAGGUGUCUACCAGGCUCUCAGUGUUGCAACUGGAACACAGAUCAAAAGGAAAAAAGAUAAAUUCUCAACUAUUCCCCGUUUGUUUACUCCUUCCGCUGAGCGGCUAAUAGCAAGUGAUGCCCAUGAUGAUUUGGUGGAGGAGGAAGCUGGUGAAGAAACUGAGGAUGAAGACGAAGACAAGGAAAAAGAAGACGAGGCAGAGUCUUUCACCAAUGAAGGAAACAUUUCUCUGGCUACACUCCUCAGAGUGUUCCGGCAUGAAACAAACAAGGCUGCUGACAACCACAGAUUUAGUGGUUAUCUAACAGCAGAGGACAAUUAUGAGCAUUUCAUUAAGGUAUACAAGGAUCUUGGUUCUGAAGCACUGGAACCCAUCCCAGUAGCACUUCUUUUGAAGCAUCCUUUCAUGCAAGAUUUAAUUAACAAUUACCAGGGAUAUAAACUUCAUACAAUUUACGGGACAGAUGGAACGCUCCCCUGGGUCAGGGUCAGCCACCUGGCAGGGUUGAGCAAAUGGAGUGCACUGAUGGUUGUGCUUAAAGGGUUCAAAUAGUAGGAUUUCCCCCCCAAAAAUAACAAGUCUUAAAAUAGGAACCAACAAAGGAUUAUAAAAUUAUUCUACACACAGUGGAUCAGACACAUGGAAUUAAUGGAGAUAACAUCAUUUUAUAAAGAAGUUAAAAUAGAGUGGGGGCAGUGGAAUGCUGAAGAUUUUGUUCCAGUACAAAAGAAAUGUUUUGGGUUAAUCUUUACUGAGUUGUAGAAAUGUGUCCUUUAGUUAGAAUAGUAGUAACUUGUAUUCUUUCUGUUCUAAAUAAAUAUUUGUGUGACUUAAGAUGAUA